AUUUCCUGGUCACUGUACCAUGGAAUGGGACCUAUGAUCUGGUACUUUCCUUUGCAGACCUUGGGACUUACUGGAUAUGAAAUAACUGCUGUGGCUUUUCUCUCACCAAUAAUAUUAACAAUUGGUCCUCUAUGGAAGCUUGCUAACAGUAAGGCUGCUCUUGUUUUCCUCAGGCUGGUAUGCUUAGGAGGUGUUGCUUCAUAUCAGGCCCCUGAUGCAGUGAUUAGGCUAUUUCUACUGGCUACAGGUGUUUCAUCCUCACUUAUUGUUCAGACGGUGACAUGGCAGUCAGGAACCAGUCUACAGAGGUUUUGUCGUAUCUGGGGAUUUAUAAUGGGACAUAUACUGCUGCUUUGCCUGAGGAUUUGGUAUAUUUCUCUUAACCCAGUUUGGGAAAGCAAGAUGGCUAACUCUGUAUUACUAUCAUUGGGUUGCUUGGCAACACUUGACCGGAUUUUUUCAGAUGGUGAUGUAUGUUCGCAGACUACAUCGAGAAAGGAGGGGGACACAGGGAAGAUUUCUGCAUUUAACUGGACGGUGUCAGCUUCUGCUUUUGGCAGCUUGAUGUUUCUCACGCAUUGGAUAUUUGCAGAAGUAUCAAUCAUUUCUAGGUGGUCUGUUAGUGGGCACCCUCAUGCUGGCCCAGAUCCAAAUCCCUAUGGAGCAAUAAUUUUGGUUGCACUAGCAAGUGGGGUGAUGUUAUCAUUUUGUUCUGUUGUUACCAAUGUCGUGUGGUGCUUUAUAGGUGCGAUAUCAGCAGCAGGUCUUUACUCUUUCAGGAGAGAAACAUCCUUCAUGUCAGGCACUGUUCUUGCUGUUUUCACAAUGUCCAUGUGGCCUCACGUGACUAGUUGUGUUAUUUGUUCAGGACGUCCAGGGAAGGUCAUGGGCAUGGCAAUGUUUGUGUACCUGAUGGAGAUGUUAUUUAACGUGUGGUGCACAGCUUUCAAGUUUGUGCCUGGUGGAGUUUAUGUGAGAGAAAGGACAGACCUCCUUCUGGGUGGUAUGAUGCUGUUAAUCACAUUGGGGAUAUUCACUGGUCCACGUAAAACUCUUGAGGAUAUUACUGAAGCAGAAAAUAGCAAGCUGUUUACCAGGUGUAAGAAGUAUCUCAGAUUAACUUUGUGCCUUUUUCUUGGAGUGGGUCUGCUAGGACUGGGGCUUCGACAUCAGAUGUAUCAGAAGAAACUGGGAAAAGGGCCCAUGAAAAAAGACUUUACUGCCUUGAUCUGGUCUUUCAGGUUUGGACUUGACAAUAAUGGGUGGUCAAACCUGGAAACAACAUCUGACCUUCUGAAGCAAACAGGUGCUGAUUUUAUUACCAUUCUGGAGAGUGACACAUCUAAGCCAUUUGUGGGAAACAGUGAUCCAACCAUGUUCCUGGGAGAAAAACUUGGUUUCUACACAGAUUUUGGACCAAGCACAAAGGACCACACAUGGGGGAUUCUGGUUUUGUCAAGAUAUCCAGUUGUGAAAUCCCAGCACCACCUGCUUCCUUCACCUGAUGGAGAAAUUGCACCAGCCAUAUCCAUGACUGUUAACAUUUCAGGGAUUCUUCUUGAUUUUGUUGUUACUCAUUUUGGAAAUGAAGAAGAUGACCUGGACAGGAAACUUCAAGCACAGUAUAUUUCUAAUCUGCUGCAGCAGUGCUCAGAACGUGUGGCAUUUCUUGGCUACAUAACGUCAGCUCCAGAAUCCAGGGACUACAAUGAGUUAAUACAGGAAGGCCAUUUGAAGGACAUUGACAGCACUGAUUCGAACCGAUGGUGUGAGUAUAUAAUGUAUCGAGGCUUAAUAAGGUUGGGUUAUGCUCGUAUCUCUCAUGCUGGUCUAAGUGACACAGAAAUACAAAUGGCCAGAUUUAGGAUCCCUGAUGACCAAAACAAUUAUGCCGAUUAUAACAGAAUUGUUACAGAUCCUGAAGAAGUUGCCAAAGAAAACCACUUUAAUCCAUGGUUCGGAUCUUACAGGGACGGGCACAACUCUGACCCAGUUCAUCAUUUUCACAUGAGCACUCCAAAGUACUUUGUUCCUGAAGACUAACACAAUAGGAAAAGUGAUAAUGCUGUAUUCAAGGACAGUAACCCUUUUGCUGCAGGCAGCAUGCGAAAAG